AAGAAUAUAUAAUAUUUUGACUAGAGUUUCAGCUGCAACUUUUUAUCAUUUCGUAUUAUAUCAUAAAUGUGAACUAGAACAGAAACUAAAAUCAUCAUAAUUUCAACAUGGCAAUGGAAAAUAUAAGUGCUAUUCUACAUGGUAUCAAUGAUCUACGACUGGAAAAUACAAAGAUUAAAGAACCAAAAAAUGACGAAGUACUUCUAAAAAUGGCUUGUGUCGGAAUAUGUGGUUCUGACGUACAUUAUCUGGUUAAUGGAAGAAUCGGUGAUUUCAUUUUGAAUAAGCCUAUGAUUAUGGGACAUGAAGCUUCUGGAACUGUUAUCAAGCUUGGAAAAGAAGUUAAACAUUUGCAGAUUGGUGAUAAAGUAGCUAUUGAACCUGGAAUUCCAUGUCGCAUAUGCAAUUUUUGCAAAAAAGGUAAAUACAACCUAUGUGCAGAAAUGAAAUUUUGUGCCACGCCGCCAAUAGAUGGAAACUUACAACAAUAUUAUACUCAUCCUGCUGAUUUAUGUUUCAAAUUACCGAAAAAUGUUACGUUAGAAGAAGGGGCUUUGGCAGAACCUUUAUCAGUCGCCGUUCACGCAUGUAAAAGAGCAAAAGUUAGAGUCGGUUCAAAAGUUAUGAUUAUUGGUGCUGGUACAAUAGGACUCAUGAUUUUGGUGACAGCUAAAGCUAUGGGCGCAGACAAAGUUGUGAUUGCAGAUGUGAAAAAAUUCAAUUUGGAAAUGGCAAAAAAAUUAGGUGCUGAUGGUGAAUUAUUAAUUGUGAAUCCUGACUCAAUAGAGGAGAAUAUAAAAAAUAUCAAAACCUUAUUUGAAGGUUUUCCGAACAUUACGAUUGAUGCAACUGGAGUUCAAUCAACUAUUAACUUGGCUUUACUGGUCACGGAGAAAGGAGGUUCUGUUGUUUUAGUAGGUAUGGGUUCUAACGAAGUGAAAUUACCAUUAAUUCAAGCUCUGACAAAAGAAGUUGAUAUCAAAAGUGUCUUUCGUUACGCAAACGAUUAUUCAGAUGCUUUAAAUAUAUUGUCAAAAACUGACCUUGACGUGAAGAGCAUGAUAACGCACCGUUUUAAGCUUCAUGAAACCAUUCAGGCAUUUGAAGAAGCCAAAUCAAGAAAUAAUAAUACCGUUAAGGUAAUGAUAUAUUGUGACUAAAGUGCAUAUAUUAUGUUAUAUAAAUUCGAUUAUAAUUGGUUUAUUAAUAAUGUUAUGAGAAUAAACAAAAUGGUUUGGUUAAUGGGUAA